AUGUCGGUGAUAGAUAGGAGAAAGAACGUUCGAUUGGCGCAUAGAGAAUUUGCAUUGCAAAUCAUAGAGGACGGUAAUGGAAACGACGUGAGUGAAACAGAUUUAAGAAUGAUUCAGUCACAGCUGAAGGAAAAGCAGAAGAAGCUUGAUAAAUUGGACGACGAGAUAUUGGGGUUAAUAAGUGAGGAAGGAGAAGCCGAUGAUUGUGUAAAGGAAGGCAAAGAAGCGGGACAGUUUAGAUCAAAAGUUCAGGCUGCUAUAAUACAAAUCCAAGGUCGAUUGGAUGAUAAGUUACAACGCAGUGGUUCCAUUGACAGUCUAAGUUCUACAGCCACUUUGAAUACUAGAAAGGUACGGGCAAGGUUACCUAAAUUGGAGAUGCGAAAAUUCAGCGGUAAACCGUAUGAUUGGCAGGAGUUUUGGGACGCAUUUCGCUCGUCAGUUCACGAAAAUGAGGAACUAUGUCAAGUGGACAAAUUUACGUAUUUACGCUAUCUGUUAGACGAGCCUGUGAAAAAGGUUAUUGCUGGGUUUUCCUUAACUGAAGCUAAUUAUGAAGCGGCAGUAGAUUUAUUGAAACAAAGGUUCGCAAAGCCAGUAGUGAUAAAAAGAUCGCAUAUCAAUGAGCUAAUGAAUUUGCAACCUGUUUAUAAAGAGCGCGAUUUGGAUCGUCUUAGACAUUUCUACGAUAUGGCUGAGACACAUUUUCGAGGGCUGCACUCUAUGAUGAUAGAUGAGACCACGUAUUCUUGUGUUGUCGUUCCAUUGCUGCUCGACAAAUUGCCAGAAGCGGUUCGAUUGAGUAUGUUGCGAGCGGUGAAGGGCUCUGAAAAUUUACCCAUUUCGUCUUUUUUGGAAGUGUUGAGAAACGAGCUUGAAGUACGAGAGUCGCACGUUUCAAUCUUGAAGCCAAACCUUGCUGGUUCGUCUGGAAUGCAGUCAAUGAUUGCUAGUGGAAAAGGCAAAGAUUGGGUGAGAACAUCGAGUGCCUUGCACAGCGUUGCAAAGGACCAUCGAUGCGCCUUUUGUUUAAAAUUUCAUGAAGAAAUUGAUUGUCAGAAUGUAAAGGACUUUAGUGAACGUAAAAAUAUUGUGAAAAAAUAUGGUCGUUGCUUUCUAUGUUUAGCAAAGGGUCAUUUAUCCUUCAAAUGUAGAAACAAUAUUUCAUGCAAUAUUUGUAAGGGUAGACACCAUAGUGCCUUAUGUGAACAAGGUAAUGCUAAUUCUACUGCGUGUAAGGAUGUCGGAAAGGCGAACACGAAUACUUGCGUAGAGAGUGUUGAAUGUGGGGGGAGGGUAGCUCUCCAAACCGCGCAAGGUUAUGUUAAUGGAACGAGGAAAGUGAAAGUGCGAGUACUUUUUGAUGGGGGAAGUCACAGGUCCUUUGUUACCUCCAAUGUUGUGAACAAAGCAGGCAUUUUUCCUUCUCGCAAGGAGAAUUUGCGUAUAUGUAGAUUUGGUGAGACUAAUGUAGAUGUUUCUGCAAAGGACAUUGUUCAAAUCACUUUGUCGUCUGUAGAUAAGAAGUAUAACAUCCCAUUUGAAGCUUGUGUUGUAGAUUCCAUCUCACAGCUGGAAAACCAACAUUUAGAGAUCGUAAAGAAGGAUUUUGCUCAUCUGAAGGACAUUUGGUUUUCAGACGUUGAUUCGAAAGAAGAGCAACUAAGCAUACAAAUUCUGAUCGGUGCAGAUUACAUGUGGCGGUUUAUGGAGGACGAAACGAGAAAAGGAGGUGUGAACGAGCCGGUCGCCGUACGAACAAAGUUGGGUUGGGUUCUUUCAGGACCAGUUAAAGGUGAGAUCGUUGAUGUUACUUCUGUCAGCAAUGUCAAUAUCAAUUUUGUAUCGGAUAAGGAAACUAAUGUGUUUAAUGAUAAGGCCAGUUUACAGGAUCAGAUCCACAAACUAUGGGAUUUAGAUUCUGUCGGAAUACGGCCUACAACUGAUGUUCAUGAAGAUAUUGUGGAUAAUAUCGAAUUUACAGGCGAGCGUUACUCGACUAAAUUGCCAUGGAAGGAAGCCCAUAAACCCCUUCCAACUAAUUACGGUGUCAGUGUAGCGAGAUUAAAGGGGCAAUUAUCUAAACUCAAGAAAAGCCCUGAAGUAUUGCAAGAGUAUGACAAUAUUAUUAAGGACCAGGUUGAGAGGGGGAUUAUAGAGAAGGUUGUAGGUUUAGAUAAUUCUAGCAAUGUUCAUUAUUUACCACAUCAUGCUGUUAUAAGGGAGGAGGCAGAGACCACCAAAUUGCGUAUUGUUUACGAUGCAUCGUGUAGAGAAAAACACAAUGGUACUUCUUUGAAUGAUUGUUUACACGUAGGCCCGUCCUUGAAUCCGUUGCUUUUUGAUCUUCUUGUCUCUUGGAGACAUCACCAAGUCGCCUUAGUCGCCGAUAUUGAGAAAGCCUUUUUAAACAUAGAAGUGCAUCCUGAAGACAGGAAUUGUUUACGUUUUUUGUGGGUUAAUGACAUAAAUUCCCAGUCGCCAUCUAUUGAGACGUAUCGUUUUAAUAGAGUAGUUUUUGGAGUAAAUUCAUCUCCAUUUUUACUCAAUGCUGUUUUACGUCAUCAUAUUGACAAAUAUACAGAGGUCGAUCCGCAAUUUGUAUCACAUGUAAGAAAUGAAUUUUACGUAGAUGACCUAGCAUCAGGAGCUAAGAAUGUAACAGCAGCGCUGGAAUUGUAUUAUAAGGUUAAGAACAGGAUGGCUGAAGGAGGUUUUCAUUUACGCAAAUGGAAAACUAAUGAACCCGAAGUCGCGAAGGUUAUUGAAUCUGAGGUUAUUCAGGAGUUGAAUUUUAAGACAAAAGAAUGCGACAAUUCGUAUGCGAAAACCAUCUUGAAUGAGGGAAAGGAUAUUGAUUCCUCAUGUAAAGUUUUAGGGAUUCAUUGGAAUCAACGUGAAGAUACCUUGCAAUUCGAAUUUUCGAAAAUUGCAUCCGAACUACUGGGUAAGAAAGUAACCAAGCGUGAAAUAUUAAGUUUUCUUGCCAAAACUUUUGACCCGUUAGGAGUUCUUUCGCCUAUUCUGAUUAAUGGGAAAUUUCUUUUUCAGGAAUUGUGUGUCGAAAAUAUUGGGUGGGACGACGAGUUACCCCCUGAUAAAUUAGAGCGUUGGAAUAAUUGGUUAAGUUCAUUAAUUAAUGUGGGCUCUAUUGUUAUUCCCAGAUGUUUGUAUGGGAAGAAUGCUGAGAAAAUUUUGCAUUGUUCCCUACAUGGUUUUGCUGAUGCGUCUUUAAAGGGUUAUUGUGCUACCGUGUAUUUUGUUUAUGAAGCUAAGGAAGGAGUUUUCAGUCAGCUAGUAUGUUCAAAAACCAGAGUAGCACCAUUGAAAGCUCUUUCUAUCCCGCGUUUAGAAUUAAUGUCUGCUAGAAUUCUCGCAACACUAAUGAAAACUGUUUCCUCAGCCUUAAGUAGUUACUGUUAUAUAGAGGAAAGGUAUCUUUGGCUUGACAGUAAAACCGCAUUGUUUUGGAUAAAUAACAGAAAUGAAUGGAAACAGUUUGUGCAACACAGAGUGAAUGAAAUUUUAAGGUUAUCUUCAAGUGAAGAGUGGAGACAUUGUCCCGGUAAAGAUAAUCCAGCAGAUUUAGGAUCGCGUGGGGUUUAUGCUGAUACUUUGAAGGAUAGUGAGUUAUGGUGGCAUGGUCCAGACUGGUUAUGUCAAGAUAAGUCUUGUUGGCCGUCAAAUAUUGAUUUAGGUAGACCUUCUGAAGUAGAUGUGGAACGUAAGAAGGUUGUCAAUUCCAUGUUGAUUAGAGAGGAGAGUUCUAAGGAUAUUGAUCAACUCAUUGACAUUAAUAAGUACAGUUCGUUUGAUAAGCUUGUACGCGUUACUGCAUAUGUCUGCCGAUUCAUAAAUAAUCUUAAAGCUAAAAUGAACAAACAGGAAAAAUUAAUUGGAUCUGUAACUGUAGCAGAAAUCUUGUCUGCGGAAAGGUUGUGGAUUAUCAAUGCGCAGGCAGUCUUGAAACAAGAUCCAAAAUUUGAAUUGCUUAAGAAACAGCUACGCAUUGAAGAGCAGAGUGAACCAUCAUUUCACGGAACUCGUUGUUUUACAUGUCCAUGCGUUAAUGGGGCAUGA